AUGGUGGUGGCCAAGACAAACUACCGCAUUGAGUCAUCUCUGGAAGUGUUUUACACCGGAGGCCCGGCGGCCCUGUUCCCCGAUGGAGACCGCCUUGCUUGCGCAUGCGGCGACGAAACCAAGAUCAUCGACCUGGAAACUGGCGCCGUGCUCCGCUCCCUGCCUGGGGACUCUGAGCCCGUGACAGCUCUGGCCAUCAGCCCCGAUGGACGCGCCGUCUUCUCCGCCAGCCGCGCCCUGCUCCUCCGCGCCUGGUCUGCGGAGACGGGCAAGGUGGUGCAGACAUAUGUCGGGCACAAGGCCCCCGUUGCCGGCAUCGCCGUGGACCCCACGGGCUCCCUCCUGGCCACCGUCUCCGCCGACCACUCCACGCGGGUGUGGGACGUGGCCGGCGGCUUCUGCACCCACUCCUUUGGGGGGCACAGGGGCAUUGUGCUGGCCGCCUGCUUCCACCCCCACGAGAUGCUGCUCGUCACCGCGAGCGAUGACACGGAGAUCCGGGUGUGGGACCUGGUCGCCAAGUCCUGCAGAAGAGUCCUCAAGGGGCACUUCUCGGCGGUGACCUGCCUGGGCCUGUCUGCCGACGGCUGGACCCUGGUCUCCGGCUCCCGCGACGGCGUCUGCAUCGCCUGGAACCUGCGCUCCGGCGCCAAGCUUUCCACCACCCCCGUGCUGGAGGCCGUGGAGGCGCUGGCCCUGGUAGGCAACAACGACGAGGUGACCGACGUGCGCUUCGUGGAGCGGCGCGCAAGCGGCGCCGGCGCCGGCCCCUCCCCCGCCUGCGUGGCGGUGGCCACCAACUCCCCCGUCAUCCGCGUCUUCUCCACCCCCCGUUUCGACUGCCUGGCCAGCCUGGCGGGGCACUCGGCCGCCGUGCUGGCCCUGGACGCAGCGCUGCUGGCGGCCCCCCCGGGAGUAAAUGACGGCGAAAGCAACCGCUCUGCCCUCCAGCUGCUGGCCUCGGGGUCAAAGGACUGCGGGGUGCGGGUGUGGGAUGUGAGCGCCGGGACCUGCCUGGCGCUGGGCGAGGGCCAUGUCGGCGCGGUGGCGGGUGUGGCCUUCUCGCGCCGCCGCCCCGCCGCCUUCCUCGUCUCCGGCGGCUCCGACCGCCUGCUCAAGGUCUGGGACACCAGCGCCGUCGUCGGAGCGACGGCCGGCGGGGCUGGCGGUGACGGCGACGGCACCACCUCCGACCGACCCCUGCGCCUACGCACCGUGGCGGCCGUGGCGGCGCACGACCGCGACGUCAACGCGGUGGCCGUCUCCCCCGACGACGCGCUGGUGGCCAGUGCCUCGCAGGACCGCACCGCCAAGCUGUGGCGCGCCGCCGACCUGGUGCUGGUCGCCACGCUGCGCGGGCACCGCCGCGGCGUCUGGUCCGUGGCCUUCUCGCCCGUGGACCGCCUGGUGGCGACGGCCAGCGCCGACGCCAGCCUGCGCAUCUGGUCCGCGGCCGACGGCGCCUGCCUGCGCGCGCUGGAGGGCCACGCCGCCUCCGCGCUGCGCUUGUGCUGGGUCAGCCUGGGCGCGCAGCUGGUCUCCGCCGGCGCCGACGGCCUGGUCAAGCUCUGGGGUGCGCGCGCGGGGGAGGCCGCGGCCACGCUGGAUGCCGCGGAGGACAAGGUCUGGGCGCUGGACGCGCGCGGCGACGGCGCGCAGCUGGUGUCUGGCGGUGGCGACGGCAGGCUCGCCUACGCCAACGCGCUGGCCGACCGCGAUUGGACGGCGGCGGCCAAGACCGCGCUGGAGCGGGACCAGCCGCGCCGCCUGCUGGCGGUGGUCAACAACGUGCUGGAGGGCGCAGAUGAGCCCGCUGAUGCAGAGGCGAUACUGCGCCCGCUGGUGGCGCCGCUGCGGGGCGAGGCGCUGCGGCGCCUGCUGGAGACCGUGCGCGACUGGAAUACGCACGCGCGCAGCUGCCACGCGGCGGCCGCGCUGCUGCGCGCCGUGCUGUGCAGCCACGCGCCGGGCGAGCUGUGCGCGCUGCCGGGCGUGGCCGGCAUCGUGGACGCCCUGGCGCCCUACACCCAGCGCCACGCCGCGCGCCUGGACCGCCUGGCGCGCUCCGCUUUCCUCCUGGACCACGUGCUGGACAGCAUGAGCAUGCUGGAGCCGGUGGACGAGGCCGCCCAGAACGGGCACGCCAAGCCAGACGGCGUGCUGGCAGGCUGA